GGCAUUUUCCAUAACAGGCAUAAUUGGCGCACGUGACAUCGCGGUGCUCUUGUUGAAUAAGUGGCGACACGAGCUCGAGGAAGGUGCCUACCAAGUCCCAACUCUCGCAGCGUCGAGAGGUCCAACCGGUUGGGCUCACUAUAUAUUUUCAACUCUGAAAUCGCGUGCGCCGCUCACGUCCCGGUCCACGCGUUUGCUAUCAUCUAAGUAUUAUGAUGCAACUUAGUUUUGCUAUUCCUACUAGGUCAGCAUGGGUGUCCAUGGGCUUUGGACCGUCUUGCAACCUUGUGCGCGGCCUAUAAAAUUAGAGACAUUGAAUAGGAAACGCUUGGCUGUUGAUGCCUCGAUCUGGAUAUAUCAAUUUUUGAAGGCUGUACGUGAUCAAGAAGGGAACGCUCUUCGUAAUUCCCAUAUCGUGGGCUUCUUCCGUCGGAUCUGCAAGCUGCUUUAUUUUGGAAUCAAGCCAGUCUUUGUGUUUGAUGGUGGUGCACCAAUUCUGAAAAGACAGACAAUAGCUGGUAGGAAGAAGAGGCGGGAGGGUCGCAGAGAGGACGCCGUGCGAACUGCUGGAAAGUUGCUUGCAGUACAGUUACAAAGAACUGCAGAAGAAGAGGCAGCCAGACGCAAGAAUGAAGCACGUCGGGAGGACGAGGAUGUCCCAGACAAUCCGGUAUAUGUCGAAGACGCCGGCAUGACGGAGAAAGAGAAGCGGCAAGCCCGUUCCUUCAGAAAGAAGGAUGCCUACCAUCUUCCAGAUUUACAUGUCUCGCUGGAAGAGAUGGGAGCUCCGAAUGAUCCGCGGAUUAUGUCUCGCGAGGAACUUGAGGAAUAUGCGAGGCAGUUUUACAGAGGUGAAGAUAUUAACCUAUACGACUUUUCCAAGAUUGAUUUCGACAGUCCUUUUUUUAUUAGCCUUCCUGCUACGGAUCGAUAUAAUAUCUUGAAUGCAGCGCGACUACGGAGCCGACUGCGCAUGGGCUAUUCUAAGGAGCAGCUUGAUAACAUGUUUCCAGACCGCAUGGCCUUCUCGAAAUUUCAAAUCGAGAGGGUAAAGGAAAGGAAUGACCUUACUCAGCGUCUGAUGAAUAUAAACGGCAUGAAUGGUGAAGAUGCUUUUUAUAAUUCAGGCCAGCGGAUUGCUGGGGAACGUGGUAAGGAGUACGUGUUGGUCAAAGACAAUGCUGUGGAAGGAGGCUGGGUGUUGGGUGUCGUGGGUAGUAAGGACGAAGGCCAGGAGCAUAAACCCAUUGAUGUUGACCAAUAUGGCAUGCAAGAAAUCCUUCCAGGAAUGGACGAAGAAUCCGAUGACGAUGGAGGGUUUGAGGAUGUGCCCAUCGAAGGACUCAACAGACUCCCCAAACUUGAGUUCCUGCGAGAAGGCGUCUUCGAUACCUCAAUCAAACAGCAAAAGCAGGCUCUCUUGCCACAGAGCCUUGGAGAUGAUUCUCUAUUCGUACAAGAUGAUGAGCACGAAAGGCGACGCCGUACUAUUAAUGAUGUAUUUGAGGGUGAUGGAGAGAAUGAGGAUGAAGAUCUUCAGAAGGCGAUAGAAAUGUCGCUAAGAGCCACAUCUCCUCUAGAUCAGUACGACAACGACAUGCCAGAGAUUCAGAUCAACCGCAGCAAUGCUCCCCUAGCAAUCACUAAAGAAUCACCACCAAGUAUUAGUCCUGAUAGUGAUGAUGAUGGCCUAGACUUUGCAGCUGUUUUAGCACAGUCGAAGAGGACAAAGAAAGAGUCAUCGAACACCGCCUUGCAAAACCCAAUCUCUGAUCAUCCUUUCGACGGACCACUGCCUUUUGAAUCUAUCAAGCUGGAUAAAGCUUUCAAGACGAAGAAACCCCCACAAGAAGAGCUCGAUCAGCAAGCCGGUGGCUUUGAGAAAAGACCAGCAAAUAAGGAAAACGCCAAAUGCCCAUUGCCACCUUGGUUUGCUGGAGGGAACUCAAAUGCUGAAUUUAUGACAGAGAGUGCUGAUCAGUCAUUGGAGAAUUAUCAGGAUAGUGCCAUGAUUCCAGAUCACGUGUUCCUUCAAAACCAUCAGUCCCCCAAGAUCAUUGAUGUUGAUAAGCUUCCGGGGCCGAAUGAGGUGAUUGACUUGGAAGCAGAUUCUGAGGAGCGCAAACACCAUCGGGCUCCAGAGAUCUCAGAUCAGACGGAGGUUCCAACAAAAGACGUCCCUGUUGCGGCCCGUGAGAUUUCUUCGGCAGUUACUGAAUCUGCCGACAUCCCUGUAAAAGAUUCUACUGCAGACGAGACAGUCCAUGAGCGACAUCCUCCUGGUACAGCGCCCAACAAUGAUAAUCAGGCGAAUUUGCUACGUACUCAGCCAUCGCCAUCUCCCGAGUUCGAAGAUGGUCAACUACAUCCACAAGAGUCGGCAACCUGUGCUAUUGUUCCUGAGAUGAGACCACAGAGUCAUCAGGUUGACGAGCCUGUAAAUCUCAUUGAGGAAGAAGAUGGCUUUUCGGACCCCGAAGAUGAGGAAUUAAUGCGACAGCUUGCAGCCGAAGGUGAAGAGCACGUUCGGUUUGCAGCUACUUUGAACUCUACGCCGCACGUCGGGAAUGCAUUUGAUUACGAGCAGGAACUCAGACAGUUGCGAUCCCAACAGAAGAAGGAUCGCAGAGAUGCGGAUGAGGUGUCACAAAUUAUGAUCUCUGAGUGUCAGCAGCUCCUGACGCUAUUUGGCUUACCGUACAUUACCGCGCCAAUGGAGGCGGAGGCUCAAUGUGCGGAGCUGGUGGCAUUGGGCCUUGUUGAUGGCAUCAUUACUGACGAUAGCGAUAUCUUUUUAUUUGGGGGCACACGUGUCUAUAAGAACAUGUUCAACCAAGGAAAGUUCGUCGAAUGCUACCUUACUUCCGACUUGGAGAAAGAGUACUCUCUCCAUCGAAGGAAACUCAUCAGUUUUGCCCAUUUACUUGGCAGCGAUUAUACCGAAGGUAUACCUGGCAUUGGACCUGUGACCGCUUUGGAAAUUCUCACGGAAUUUUCUAACCUGGAAGAGUUCCGUGAUUGGUGGUCCCAAGUUCAAAUGAGGACGAAUAUGCCUGACGGGGAACAUGCUGCUUUUUACAAGAAGUUCAACAAACAGGCGUCGAAAAUCUUCCUAUCUCCCUCCUUUCCGGAUGGCCGAGUCGAUGUGGCAUACCUGGAGCCGGAGGUUGAUUCAGACCCAUCCCCCUUCCAAUGGGGUGUGCCUGAUUUACAUGGGCUACGCAAUUUCCUGAUGGCAACGAUCGGAUGGAGUCAGGAACGGACGGAUGAGGUUUUAGUACCGGUUAUCCGCGACAUGAAUCGCAGGGAACAGGAAGGCACGCAGUCUAAUAUCACGGCUUUCUUCCAGGGACCUCAAGGGGCCGGAGCUUUUGCACCGCGUGUCCGCAGCGGAGGCCAGAGCCGAAUGGAAAAAGCAUUUCACCGACUUCGGCAGGAAGCUGGAAGCGAGGCCGUUCACACUCAGUCUCCGCAAAGCAGAGAGGGCGAGACCAGUCCAGUGGAGCCGUCGACUACUACUACUACUAGCCAGAGAGGCAAAGGUACGAAACGACAGAAUAAGGAUGGUGAUGAUGUCACGGGGAAGAAACGCAGAACCCGACGAUAAUUGAUUAGUUGAUCUGAUUUGUAUAUUUGCGGUUCCAGGAUAAGAUUUUUCUUGUUAUGUAAUAGAUGCUUUGGAUUCUAGUGAACCCCACCGUUAGUCGUCACUAUGCGGAGAUGGUCGAUCAUCUGCUCUCAAUCUGGAUUCUAAAUUAACCUUAUAUACCUUAUAUAUAGUCGUAGCAUAUCAUAAUCAUCAAUCAUGCCAGGAUGCAGGUACCGAUCGCCGCAAGAUAUUAUAUUGAAUGUUGAUCACCGAUUUAGCAUGUUUAUGAUUUAAUAGAAAAUA